GAAAUAUUUCGACACCGGCGGCUGCUAAUUUCCGUGAUGAGAUGAAUUAUUGAUUGGUGUUUGUUGUUCCAUACUUCAUGUUUUCUGUUCCUUGUCAUUCAUGAACAAAAUGAACAGACAACGGCGUUUAUCCAAAUCAGGAGAUUCCCUCUAUCAACUUUUAGGACUUCAAAAAGGUGCUCCACAUGAUGAAAUAAAGAAAGCUUAUAGAAAACUUGCAUUAAAAUACCAUCCAGACAAAACACAAGGUGAUGAGCAGUCAACAGAGAAGUUCAAGGAGAUCAACCAUGCCCACAAAGUACUCACUGACAACACAAAGCGUGGUAUCUACGACCGCUAUGGUUCACUGGGCCUGUACGCAGCUGACAUGGUUGGGGAUGAAAACGUGAAUACCUAUCUAGUUCUGACCAGUGGCUGGUGCAAGGCCUUUGUAAUAUUCUGUGGUGUGAUCACUGGUUGUUACUGCUGCUGCUGCUGCUGUUGCUGCUGCAAUUUCUGCUGUGGAAAGUACAAACCAAAGGAUGAAGAUGAUGACUAUGCUAAUAUUCAUGAGGAAGACAGCAGCAGCCCAGAGGCAGAUGAUGGCCCCAUAACUUGCCAGCCCCCUGGGGCUGAGGGGGUAGGGUCCAUUGAGUCCAAAGCCACACCCCUACCCCCACCCCCUAGUUACACCGAGACCACCAAUCUCACAGCUGAACAAAAGUCAGUGUAUGGUAGCAGCCAUGAGUCAGACAGUAAAACCUCACUGCUUGAUAAAAAACCUACGUCUUACCAGGACAGUAAAUAAUCAAGCGCUGCAACCCAGAAGCAAUACACGUGAGUGGGACACAUUGAAGCUUACACAGGACAGCUGACAUUCCUUGCUUCACUAACUUUUCAAUUGAAGUAUUGCAAUAACAGAUUUCAUGGGUUGUUUUAUGAGCCAUGUCAUGCAAAAAUGGGUCCUAUGCCAUAAAGCUCCAGACCAGCUUGCUCAAUGUAGCAGUCUGAUCAGGAGCGGCCUUGUCUGACGCAAGGUUUUAACCCUUUGCAUGCUGAAAAAUUUGUUGUCUGCUAAAAUGUUGUCUGCUGAAUUUCUAAAAUUAUUAUUUUCUUCGUUUUUUUUUCAAAGAAUACUAUCAGAAUAGCAAACAGUUUGGAUCCAGAUGAGACGCCAUGAUCUGUGGCGUCUCAUCUGGAUCCAAACUGUUUGCAAAGGCCUUCAAAAUUCGGUUUCAGCACUAAAAGAGUUAAGGUAUCAUUUGUGGAUAGGGUAGCUCCUGACCUGACUGGGUGGAUGUGCAGGCUUGUUGGGAUAUACUUUGGUUGCAAAUGGUAUUAGACCCAUUUUAGAAAGAUGUGGCUCAUUUUAUUAUUGGAUACUUGUUUGAAAUGCAGUUAUAAGUGCAACAACAUAUAAUAUUAAGUUGUGUUAGCAGAAGACAAUUUUGAACUUUAAUAAUUGUCUUGUUUGUUUGCUAUACAAAUGUCUGUAGAUACAUUUCUUACUUAUAGUUUUAUAUCUUUUAUAGAUGAACAAUAUUUAUUUGUAUACUUGUUAUGUUAAACCUAUUCACUUUAAAUUGUUUCCAAUACUUACAACACUAGUACAUUAAGCUUGACUUGUCACAUUUUGACAUUCCUGUUUUCAUUUUCUGUCUGCAUAGAUAAAAUGAAUUUAGGCUUGUUUUAGUUUGUGCGUAAGUUUUUUAAAAUUAAUUCUGGGGUUAGUGUGAGGUAUGGCCAUCUUCACACGGGAUCAAACCCCGAAAUGCUUGUCAUUUAGUGUUCCAAGGCAGUAAAUCAGAAAGUGUUUAGUUUUAUAGUUUGAUAUCUUGUACAAGUAUUAUAAAUUAAUAGAUCUGAGGAUGGUUUCAAAUUAAUUUUAUUUUAACACCAAAUGCAUGCUUUAAAUUGUGGUAUUGAUGGCAGACAAACUGUUUUUCCUAUUUCAUUUUUGUUGGUGUCUGAUAAGAAUUCACAUUGAAUAACGCAACAUUCUCUGUAGUGUCACUGGAAGUUCAUUGUUGUCACUUUGUUUACGCAAAUCAACUUCACAUAAGGUUCGUAAUUUCUUUAUCCAUGUUUUGCACCAUACAAUCGAUCUUUAUUAAACAUGUUAAGUUAUUGAAAUUUUCAGGAAAGUGUACUGUGUGCGAUAUAGAUUCAAAAAUGAAAUAACAUGGGAUUUAAUAGGCGGAAAGUGUUGACCCUGAUUAGCUUGCAGACAAACAGAUUAACCCUUUCAGCGCUGGAACCGAAUUUUAAAGGCCUUUGCAAACAGUUUGGAUCCAGAUGAGACGCCACAGAACGUGGCGUCUCAUCUGGAUCCAAACUGUUUGCUAUUCUGAUCUAAAAAAAUCGAAGAAAAUGCUAAUUUUAGAAAUUCAGCAGACGACAUUUUAGCAGAAGACAAAUUUCCCAGCAUGCAAAGGGUUAAUGUGGGAUGACACUACUUACAUACAUUAAGCCCCAUUUUCCGAGAGCGACGCUCAUAUAAACUCAUCAAUAAUCAAACUGGAAUACUAUGUACACAAUAUAACCAUAAUAUUGAGCCAUGCAGAUUUCAAUGGGGUGGUUUGACUGUUAAUUGUUAGAACAGAUGACCUUUAAUUAUUCAUUGUUUACUAUUGUUAGAUGUGCUGUGUGUGUGUUGUGAACAUUUGGCACCUUUCUAUUUAUAAGCAGUGGGAUUUUUGUAUUAACAAAGUUUUGCAUAAAACAACUUUUUGUUAUUUUCUAAAGCUUAUAUGUUUAUGUAUUAAACAUCGGUAUGUACAAUGGAAUAGGUAUACAUUUUGCUUUUGGCUUUUUCAUUUAAAUUAAUUUUACCAGUGUCUAUUUUUUUAGUUUUGUGCAAUAGUCUAAACACAAAUCACUUAAAAUAUAACCAUUAAAUGCAAUUAAAAUUGUGAGCAUUCUAUGUCACAAGUUUUUUUAUAUAUACAAAAAAUUUAGUAAACAUAAUGAUAGUUUUGGGAUUAUUGGCAUUUGUAGUAUAACAUAGAUGUUGUAGGAAACAUGUGCUUAUAGCUUCUGUUUAAGAUUUCAUCCCGAGUAAUUUUCUAUAGUUAAGAUGCAUGUGAUGGUCAAGUCUUUGGCAAUUACUGCACCUGUAAUGGAUCUGAGUGCAUGAUGGCCCUUUUGUUUGUUCUAUUAUGUGUUUGUACUUACUGAAAAAAGAUCUAAUGUAAAAAUUGUUCAAUUGAAUCAAUGUUCAUGUUUAUAGUUUUCUGAAAUGAAAUUGAUUUUUUUUAAACAAGAAAAAAGUACACCAAAUAGAUUUUUUACAUUAGAAUGUUUUUGUCUUCAAUUUUUAUGCCCCCCUUCGAAGAAGAGGGGGUAUAUUGUUUUGCUCAUGUCAGUCCGUCCGUAUGUCUGUAUGUCCGUCCACCAUAUGGUUUCCGGAUGAUAACUCAAGAACGCUUAGGCCUAGGAUCAUGAAACUUCAAAGGUACAUUGAUCAUGACUCGCAGAUGACCCCUAUUGAUUUUGAGGUCACUAGGUCAAAGGUCAAGGUCACGGUUACCCGAAAAAGUAAAAUGGUUUCCGGAUGAUAACUCAAGAACGCUUAUGCCUAGGAUAAUGAAACUUCAUAGGUAGAUUGAUAAUGACUGGCAGAUGACCCCUAUUGAUUUUCAGGUCAGUAGGUCAAAGGUCAAGGUGACCCGAAAUAGUAAAAUGGUUUCCGGAUGAUAACUCAAGAACCCUUAUGCCUGGGAUCAUGAAACUUGAUAGGUAGAUUGAUCAUAACUCGCAGUUGACCCUUAUUAAUUUUCAGGUCACUAUAUCAAAGGUCAAGGUCAAAUGGUUUCUGGAUGAUAACUCAAGAACCUUAAUGGCUACGAUCAUGAAACUUUAUAGGUACAUUUAUCAUGACUCGCAGAUGACCCCUAUUGGUUUUGAGGUCACUAGGUCAAGGUCACGGUGACCAGAAAUAGUAAAAUGGUUUCCGGAUGAUAACUCAAGAACGCAUAUGCCUAGGAUCAUGAAACUUCAUAGGUACAUUGAUCAUGACUCGCAGAUGAUCCCUAUUGAUUUUCAGGUCACUAGGUCCAAGGUCAAGGUCACGGUGACCCGAAAUAGUAACAUGGUUUCCUGAUGAUAACGGAAGAACGCUUACGCCUAGGAUCAGGAAACUAGAUAGGUAGAUUGAUCAUGACUCGCAGAUGACCCCUAUUGAUUUUCAGGUCACUAGGUCAAAGGUCAAGGUUAUGUUGAUCCGAAAUAGUAAAAUGGUUUCCGGAUGAUAGCUCAAGAACGCUUAUGGCUAAUAUCAUGAAACUUCAUAGGUUCAUUGAUCAUGACUUGCAGAUGACCUGUAUUGAUUUUCAGGUCACUAGGUCAAAGGUCAAGGUCACAGUGGCAAAAAACAUGUUCACACAAUGUCUGUCACUACAACAGAGAGCCCAUAUGGGGGGCAUGCAUGUUUUACAAACAGCUCUUGUAUAUAUAUUGUCAUCACCUGUGUCUGAUUUUAUGACAUUUUGAAUGUUCAACCAUGUUGACAAGUUUUUGUAUUUUCAGCAAUUAAGUUAAAACUCACAUAUAAUUAAUGUAGAUGUGAAUAUUUCGUUUUGUUAUUGAUAUUUUUGACAACAUAUUAAUAUGUAAAUAAAAUUUAAAAAAAUG